AUAAAAAAUCAAUUUCAUGUUACCGCAACUUACAUUGAUGUAGAGGAGGAUUGUGAUGACAUAUUGGAAAGUUUCCCCAUGCAAAGUGUCACAGACAGUGAUAGAAGGGCUGUUAAUAUUACCAUCAAUAGCAUUGGAACUGAGCUUACCAGAGAUGACCGUAGGAAGUUGUACUCUAACUUCGGUUUGUUCUAUUCAUAUGGUCAUGAGGAGCUUGCUGUCUGUGAGGACAUUGAUCAGGUUCGUGCUGUUAUGGAAAAAUACCCUCAUCAAUCUAUCUUUGCGAAGUUAUCGUAUGGGGAGAGCCAGAUGCUUGACAAGGCAUUCUAUGAGGAGGAAGUCAAGAGGCAUUGCUUAGCAUUUGAGCAACAGUUUCACUAUGCUGUUUUCUUUGCAUAUAUGAGGUUAAGGGAGCAGGAGAUAAGAAAUCUUAUGUGGAUUUCAGAAUGUGUGGCUCAGAAUCAAAAGUCGAGAGUUCAUGACAGUGUUGUCUUUAUAUUUUAGUCUGAUUACUCAUUGUUAUAGCUUGUAUGUUCAUUUGGACUAAUUGUUGUGUCUGCAUUCUACACCCGAGUUGCCGAACAUUAGAGACUAGAGAAGAUUGUGAUACAAAUAAGUAAAAUCUUCUGUAAUAUAGAUGGGAGAUCUUUUGUCAAAUUUGAUUAAAUUAUGUUCAGAUUUAAAAACACUUAUAUUGAAUUUGUAUGUUGUGAAUUGUGAUAAUAAAUUUUCUUAUGAAAUAAACUUUGAUAGAUUUGUUCA